AUGAUGGACGAAAACGAUUCUCGAGGUCUUUUGAAGUCUGUGCUUGGGUUUUUCGCUAGAAAACCACCGGAAAGGUCCGCGCAGCCCGCGUCAUUGAGAUCGCGCGCAUGCGAAGCCUGGCUUCGAACGGAUGCAUAUCUGCAGCAAGAUGCCGACGACUUGGACGAGGUUGAGCCCGAACGUCGUGCAAAGGUCUUGCGUGCAUUCGAAGACUAUGUUCAGUACGACUCUACCCGAGAACCAGACUAUGUAAGCGCUCUUCAUAUACAACAAGCUUCACGCCUACUGCAUGAUGUGCCGUAUCCGAUGCUUCAGACGAUGCGCAGCGUGAUCGAAUGUCGGAAUCAAAAUUCGCAUCCCAGCCCUGAAAUCUCCAUUCGCCCUGGUAAACGAAGAAGAGAAAGUGAAGCUGUCAUUCAGGAACUGGCGUAUCUGGACAGUGACGCUAAGAGACGCCGGGUUCUACCUCGCGAAAAUCCAGCUACGUGCGAUGAUCCCGAAGACCCGAAUGCCGACUUCGCCGUGCUGAUGAGAAGACGGUUGUUAUCCUUGAACAAUGCUUUACGAAGAGAUUGGAUCUGUGUUUGCCAUAAGUGCUCAGGACUAAGCGUCCGACUUUCGCUGCCACGACAAAGGAAGGAUCUGAAGGUCGAGACGUGCUUCGAAGUUUUCUUCGGCGUACGGUCUCUUCUUGCGGUAGAGUUACAAGAAGCCAGAAUAACCGUCAAAGACGUACAUGAUGACAGGAUGAGGAGCACAUUCGAGCCUUCAACUGGCGGUGCUUCCGAAUUCGCCCACCUUUGUCAAAGCAUUACAGAGUCUCUUGGCCAGGCUAAUUGCUUGAACUUUGCUCUUGAAGAUGGGAGGUUCCAGAGGCUUCGUCCGCAACCAAAGACCUUUGGUGGUGAUAGCACGUCUGGGACGGUUUCGUUGUCGGCAUUAUUCAAGCGUCAGCAGGAACUACGUGGGGGCUCAUCUGUACUGCCAUUCAAGGGUAAACGGGUCUUGGCCGUCACUCUGGCUACCGCGCUUCUUCCAUUCUUGGAGACACCGUGGCUGCAGCCUUCCUUCAAUCACUCAAAGAUUCUGUUCUUUGAGCCACUGCAAAGUGGAGAACUUCCAGAUAUUACGAAACCUUUCCUCGCGUUAGAGCACAUCCCAAUCCAUUCGAACCGCAAUGAAGAUAACGGCGUUGGCUCGGAGAACUCUAAACACAGGGUGCAUCCCAAUGCCAGUGUGCUAGCGCUUGGUAUACUCUUGUGCGAGCUUCAUUAUUGCACACCCGUGGACCUGAUGCAAGAGGACCCGUCCACCAUCAGAAACGUCAACACUGACUAUUACACCAGUCUCGAAAAGCUUAAAUCUUUGGAAGCUGAUGCUAGCGUAGAUUACUAUCUUGCUACCAAGGCAUGCCUGCAGUGGGAGUACUUACCCCCUGGACAGCAGGCUGACUUUGAAUCGGUCAGCGUACAGCGACUAUUUUACCAAAAUGUUGUCAAGCGGCUUGAGUCUGAAAUAAUCAAGGGGUGGGGACUUCGGUUAGAGGAUCUGGGCUCAUUUGAGUCUCAAGAGAAUAGGCUCCGCUGGGGCUCCAUCGGGUGCGAGGUUGUGCGCCAUCGAACAGACAAGGCAGACCCACAUAAUGAAAGUAUCGGCGCCCAAGCAAUUCCGGACCGUUUCAGUUCUGACAUCACGCCUGCGGGUUACACAUCGUUCAACUCAGAGAUGGCUCUACCAAUGCCGGCACGGCCUCCUUUGAGAACGCAACUCAGCGGACAUUUGGCGCAGCCGCCAGCGAAGAGCUUGUGUUUUUUUGAUGCAAGCUACCAGGCGAGUUGUGAACAAGAGAGUCAACUUUCGCAACAAUGGAUGGACAACCUUCUGUCUUCCAUUCAUCACUUUGUUGACCCUUACGAAUCAAUUGAAGCCGAGCCCAGAGCGUUUGAACCGGUACGAAUAGCGAUCCUAGAUUCUGGGUUUGACCCUCAGAAUCCACUUCUAAUGACCGAUAAUCGACAACUGGAUCCACGGAUCAAGGCCGCGCGAAGCUUCAUCGCGAACACAAAGCCAGAAGACAUCGGCGAUGAGAUCGGGCACGGCACUCAUGCUCUUGGGCUUCUGCUCAAAGUUGCUACAUGUGCUGAGAUCUACAUCGCCAGAAUAGCGCAUCGAGAGACACUCGAUCGUAGUACCUACGGCGAUAUUGCAGAGGCCAUCAAUUUCGCAAUUUCCGAAUGGAAAGUGGACAUCAUCUCGAUGUCAUUCGGGAUUCGUGAACACAGCCCCCCAAUAAAAGAAGCCAUAUCCAAUGCUAUACACAGUCAGACAUUGUUAUUCUCGGCGGCAUCGAAUGAUGGAGGGAACCUUGGCAGGGCCUUUCCAGCUCAGUAUCCCGGUGUCUUCUGUAUACACUCGACUGAUGGACAUGGUAAUCCUUCCAUGUUCAACCCGACCGCAGACGACAAAGACGUCAACUUCAGUCUACUUGGGGAGUGUGUCUCCUCUCAUUGGCCAGUUAACCAAGAUGGCCGCGGUCAAACCGUCAAGGUACUGUCAGGUACAUCGAUCGCAACCCCUAUAGCCGCUGGACUAGCAGCAUCGGUUCUGUCCUUUGUCCGACAGCAAGACCAAUAUAUCAAACCAGGCAGUGAGUCCCUGGGGCCGUGGUUGAAAUUUGCUGGCUCGAUGGAUGCGGUUCUGAAGAGUAUGGUCAGGCAUACAAGAGGAGCAGGCUAUCACUACCUCACGCCCCAUGUCAUAUUUGAUAGAGAUUCGACAAGGAAGCAUGUCUAUGAAAAGAUUGGGGACAUCAAGAAACACAUGUAUAGUUAG